CACAUUAUCUCUUAUAGUAAACAAUUAUUAUUAGAAAUGAAAUAUGAAAAUUAGCAUUAAAAAAGAUUUAUUAAAAUCUUUUUAAUUGGUUUGUUGCGUAUCAAUGUUGUCUAAGAACGUAAAACGUAAAGUAACUAUAGUGAUGAUGGUCGUUGGUGGCAUUUUCAGUUUUUUAUCAAAUGUAGGAAACUCCUGGGAACACAUAACACACAAUGGCUCCUACCAAUUGGGCUUGUGGAAAGUAUGCGCAAAUUCUUAUAACUUUAUAUGUGUUAGCAGAGAAAAAACAGGUACCUUAAAAAUAACGCAAACUUUAAUGACUUUGGGAUGUUUGGGGUAUUCGCUGGCUUAUAUUUUUUACGUACUACAUAUCAAUAAAAUGUUCACUAUGAAAUUACUAGGAGGGGUUCUUAAUACUUCAGCUUUUUGUUUACUUAUUGGAAUAAGUUUGUAUACAAAUCAAGUAAGCGCUCGAGAAUAUACUUUUGGUUGGUCUUACGCCGUUGGGUGGAUUUCAGUAAUUUUAGCAUUUGCAGCUGGACUUCUUUGUUUUUUAGAGACUUUGAACCCUUUUAAAUUAAUUAACAACUAUUAAUUUGGAAAAUACCUCGAUAAAAGAUGAUAUUACAUAAUAAAGAUUAUGAAGAAUAUCGAAGAAGACUACAAUCUAAAGAAUAUUGAAAAAGACUAACUCGACAUUAAUCUAUCUAUCGAUAAAUAGAUAGAUUUAUAAAAAUUUAUUAACAGAAAAGGUUUUAAAUCUUGAAAAUCAAAAUGAGAAAACGUUUUCAAAACUAUAGAGAGAUAAGGGAUUGUCCAUAAAAUGCGUACGCUCGGAAAGGAAGAGGGGAUCUGCAAAUAGCGUAUAUGAGAUAGGGGAGUGAGGCAGUAGGUUAAUUAUUUAAGUAUGAAGACACUAAAUUAAAAAAAUAUAUUAAAAUGUUGGGUUCCUAUGUUAAAAGCUUAGGUGCUUUUAGGGAGGUAGAGGGUACUCAAAAGAGCGUAUAGCAAAAUGUAGGGAGGGGGAGGGGGGACGGGUGGGCGAAAAAAAGCGUACGUACUUUAUGUACGACCCCUAAAUUUAGGACUAUUUAACUAUUUGAUUAUCUUUCCUGUAAAAAACGCUCUUUAAACGUCUGUUAAAUAAUAAUGUUUGCAAUUAAAACAUCAAUUAGACGUUUUAAUUGAUGGCGUAAGUGUAUACGUUUGAAGUAUGUCAUAAGAUUUCUAUUUGUUAACAUCUUUCACAUAUUUUAUAAAAAAAUUUAUUAGAUGUUUUUAUACUACUUGUAAUUUACACAAUAUUUUGAAUUCUAACUAAAAACACGAAGAUAUACUUAUAUUUUUA